UAUAGCUAGGUCCCUUCAAAAAAGGAAGAAGUUUAUAGCUAGGUAUACUAAUAGUAUACUAUUUUUAGAGUAAGAAAGCGAGAGAUAGAGAGAGAAAGAAAGAUGGUAUACGUGGUCCAUCAUACUAUACUAGUCUAUGGCUGACUGACAGUACUCACAGUCACAGCAGCCGCGUUGAUAAUUAUCAGAGAAAGAAAGAAAGAAGUUUGUUCUAUCAUCAUCUUCUCUCUUUUCUACCUCCUUCUCUCUUUGCUUGCUUGCUACAUCAAUAUACUCUCAACUAUAUCCAGUUAUAUCUUCACCUAUUUAGGCUCUCAAGUCUCAAGGCUUCUUCUUGUGCUACAUAGCUGUCAGCUCUAUUCACGUUGGAGUUUCCAUUUCAAAGAUGAUGUCUGAAGAAGCAGUUUCUGAUACUUCCAACUUCAGAGGCACCUCAAACUCAAACCCUAAUCCUCCUAACCCUAAUUCAAAUUCAGUUAAGAGAAAAAGAAGUCUACCAGGAACACCAGAUCCGGAUUCAGAAGUGAUUGCUCUAUCACCAAAAUCACUGAUGACAUCCAACCGUUUCAUCUGCGAAGUAUGCAACAAGGGUUUUAAGAGAGACCAAAACCUACAGCUACAUCGACGAGGACACAAUCUUCCAUGGAAGCUUAAGCAAAGAAACAAGCUGGAGGUGAUAAGGAAGAAAGUGUAUGUUUGUCCAGAAAAGAGCUGCGUGCACCAUGACCCUAGUAGAGCUCUAGGAGACCUGACAGGGAUAAAAAAGCACUUUAGUAGAAAGCACGGUGAGAAGAAGUGGAAGUGUGAUAAGUGUUCUAAGAAAUAUGCAGUUCAAUCUGAUUGGAAGGCUCAUAGUAAGAUUUGUGGCACUAAAGAGUACAGAUGUGAUUGUGGCACACUAUUCUCCAGGAAAGACAGCUUCUUAACUCACAGAGCCUUUUGUGAAUCCUUGGUGGAAGGAAGUGCAAGAAUAGGUUCAGUUCCAGCAGUUAUAUCCAACUUUGGAAACAAUCUUUUGAUAAACACUCAAGCACCAAGAAAUAUUCCUCAUGGUUUAUUUGGGCUUAAUCCGGAAUAUGGUGGAUCAGGUCAAGAAACAUUCAUGGGAAAUUUUCCCAAUAAUAACAUCCCUCAUCAUAGUUAUCUUCCAAAUUCUAGUGCAUUCUCAUCAUCAGGAGCAAACUCUGAUUUAGAAUUAGUACACACUUUUGGUUUAUUACCACAAGGACAAUGGAUGAAUUACAGAUACAAUGAUCAACAUGCAGAAACAUCAUUUACAAGUAGUGGGGUUCUAAAGUUAGAACAACAACAACAAGAAGACAAAAUGCAUGAUUUGUCUCAUUUGUAUUCUCAGAACCAAUUACAAGGAUGUCCAAGUCACGUGUCAACAAUGCAAAAUACAACUACAAAGGUUAUCAAUGGUAAUAAUAUUGUUGAAGUUAAGAAAUUAUUCAACCAUGGAAACCAUGCUACAAAUUUCAAUGAAGAUCAGCUGAGCUUAACUAGAGAUUUCCUUGGUGUUGGUGAUGACUCAUUGAAGAGAACCUUGUUGCAACAAGAGAUGAUUCCUAGGUUCAAUCCAAUAGGAUCUGUCACGAACUUGCAAAGUGAGUUUGGUGGACACUAUUGAUAGUGAAGUUGUGUACAAUAGAUAUAUUAUUAUUACUUUGUUAGCAGCAGCAGAUAAAUAGAAAACAUUGUGAUGACUUAUGUGGCAUGCACCACUUGUACACUCAGAUAUAAUUGUGACAUGUUCAUAUAGUCUACACACACGAAAAAACUCA